AUGGAAGAAGCUCGCGGCGGCGGCGGAAGAGAUGGUGGUAUACCUCGCAAGAGUGAUGACAGAAUCCACCGGUUCCAUGGCGAGGAAAGCAGAGAGGGCAUGAAAGUACUGUGCCUCCGUCUCCGGCGAGUCCAGUCCCCUCUUAAAAACCAUACCUUUCGGAGAGAUGUGGUGCUUAGAACAGCAUCUCUCUGCUUCGUCUCCUUCAUCUUUCAAAACCCACUUCUUGAUUCCCUAGCUGAGUCUUCGAAGUCUCCCAAACCAGGUAGACUCGGCAUUGCCAACACUAAGUCAUGGUUCCAGUUCUUUGGCGAUGGGUUCGCCAUCAGGGUUCCUCCUCAGUUUGAAGAUGUCAUGGAACCUGAGGAUUACUCUGCGGGAUUAUCUCUCUAUGGGGACAAGGCAAAGCCGAGGACUUUCGGUGCUCGUUUUGCAUCUCCUGACGGAUCAGAAGUUUUGAGUGUAGUCAUUCGCCCUUCAAAUUCGCUUAAGAUCACUUUCUUAGAGGCCAAAGAUAUAUCCGAGUUGGGAUCAUUGAAGGAAGCUGCAAGAAUCUUUGUUCCAGGUGCAGCAACUAUUUACACUGCUCGUACAAUCAAGGUAAAGGAAGAAGAAGGUUUCAGAAAUUACUACUUUUACGAGUUUGGUAGAGAUGAAGAACGCAUAGCUCUAGUUGCCGCUGUGAACAGAGGGAAGGUUUAUAUCGCUGGAGCAGCCGCACCAGAAUCCAAAUGGAAAGAUGAUGAAUUGAAGCUUCGAUCCGCUGCCAUUUCUCUCACUGUCUUGUAG